GGAAAGCUGUCAGUGCUACUUGCUAAUAGCCUAGCCUAUACUAGUUGCUUAUGCUUACAGUUACAGCUUAGUGAUUGAACUGAACAAAUAAAAACAUAAACUUGAAAUCUGAAACUGAAAGUCUUAAACUCUUUAGAGAGUAGAGACUAAUGAGAAAUGGCGUCAAAAAAGCGAACAGCUUCUACAAGUGUACAAAGUCAAAGUCAUGUGGGUGCUGUAGGUGGUGCUGAUCAAGUGGAUUGUGAAACUGUAAAUGUAGAGAAUAAUGAUUCUGGCAGCGAUGAAAGCAAUGAGUUCAGUGAGAAUAACAGGCAUAAUGAGACCCCUGCUAGUACUUCUGCAGGACAUCCAUGGACCAAAGGGACUAUUGAGCUGCCAACCAAAUUCUUCCAGUUCAUCGAGCUUACAAAAAAUGGGAAAGGGUUUUUUGUUAAAUGUUUGAAGUGCCACGAGUUCAAAACUGCCUACAACAAGAAAGGGAAAAUAGAGUUGUUAUCUGUUACCAGGAACUCUGUGUAUAACGCAAGAAGACAUAUGGAGCUUAAGCACCCUGAAUGUCUGGAAGAAUUCAAUUCGCUCUGGUCUGAAAGAGGAAAAGACCUCAACAAGACGAACAAAAAUGCUGACAAGUCACAAUUGAAGCAACCUAAAAUAGUUGGACAUUUAUUGGAUGGCACUUCGAGAUUUAAACAGAUAAGAACUCAGGAUGAAUUAGAUAAAGCAAUUUUGUUACUGACUGAUUAA